UCAUGUCUGUUUGGAAUGUAAUUUCGGAACGAAAAGUCUGCUUCAAAUGUGUCGCUAACUUCACGUUCUUUCGGUUUCCUCUCAAAAGUUUGACACAACAAAAUGUCUAAAAGAGGACGUGGUGGUUCCGCGGGAGCGAAGUUCCGCAUCUCACUGGGUCUCCCAGUGGGAGCGGUCAUCAACUGCGCAGACAACACAGGUGCCAAGAACCUGUAUGUGAUUGCCGUGCAAGGUAUCAAGGGUCGUCUGAACAGACUGCCUGCUGCAGGUUCAGGGGACAUGAUUGUUGCUACUGUAAAGAAGGGUAAACCUGAACUCAGGAAAAAGGUAAUGCCUGCAGUGGUGAUCAGACAACGCAAACCGUUCAGGAGGCGGGACGGGGUGUUCAUAUACUUUGAGGAUAAUGCGGGCGUGAUAGUGAACAACAAGGGCGAGAUGAAGGGCUCUGCCAUCACCGGUCCCGUGGCCAAGGAAUGCGCCGAUCUCUGGCCCCGUAUAGCGUCCAAUGCGAGCUCUAUAGCGUGAAAUAAAUGUCGUUAAGAACA